UAUAAGCACAUUUGAUUAAUUCAGUACAUUGAAUGUUUUAAAUUUUAAUUUGUUUCAAUGUUUAAAAUUGAGACAUGUUACUUUAAGCAAAUUAAAGGAGAUUAUUAGGUAAAUAUUAAUUCCUUAAUCGGUGUGUAUCUUAAAAACACUCAACCAUGUCGUUCCUCAGAGGUUCGGAAAAUUAUGUUUGGUGUACCACAAGUGUACUAGGCAAGGGUGCAACUGGUGCAGUGUUUCAAGGUGUCAAUAAAAAUAACGGUGAACCAGUGGCAGUCAAAACAUUUAAUCAGUUAAGUCACAUGAGACCUCCUGAUGUGCAGAUGCGAGAAUUUGAAGUUCUAAAAAAAGUUAAACAUGAAAAUAUUGUAAAGCUACUUGCUAUUGAAGAGGAACAGGAGGGUAGGGGAAAGGUUAUAGUAAUGGAAUUGUGCACGGGUGGUAGCUUGUUUAAUAUUCUUGAUGACCCUGAAAAUACUUAUGGACUACAAGAACAAGAAUUCCUCUUGGUUUUGGAACACUUAACUGCUGGAAUGAAACAUUUAAGGGAUAAUAACUUAGUUCAUAGAGAUUUAAAACCUGGUAAUAUAAUGAAGUUUAUUAAUGAGGAUGGCAGUACUACUUAUAAGCUUACAGACUUUGGAGCAGCUAGAGAAUUACAAGAAGAGGAACAGUUUGUAUCACUUUAUGGUACAGAGGAAUAUUUACACCCAGAUAUGUAUGAGAGGGCUGUUUUAAGAAAGCCCGUAGGAAAAAGUUUUGGUGCUACUGUUGACCUGUGGUCUAUUGGAGUCACAUUGUAUCAUGUUGCUACAGGGCAGUUGCCCUUUAGGCCAUUUGGUGGAAGGAGGAACAAAGAGACAAUGUUCUUUAUUACAACAAAGAAAGCAUCUGGUGUUAUAUCUGGUACACAAACAACAGACAAUGGCCCUAUAGAAUGGGCUCGGGAAUUACCAGCUCACUGUCAACUAAGCACAGGACUCAAAAAGCUGGUAACACCACUCUUGGCUGGCUUGCUUGAGGUUGACCCACAUAGAAUUUGGACAUUUGAAAGAUUCUUUUCUGAAGUUCAGACUGUUACAUCAACAAAGCCUGUGUACAUAUUUCAUGUAAACAAGGCCUGUGUUAUUAAGGUGUUUUUGAAACCAGAAGAGAAAUUCGAACAUCUUCAGACCUACAUCUGUGAGCAGACAUCUGUUGUAGCAGAGACACAAAUAUUGCUCUAUCAGGAGAAAUUAAUACUUAAUGAAAUUGAUGAAAAUACACCCGGCAAAAGUUACCCAGAUACAACAGAUAAUGAUCCCCUGAUGCUUUUCAACAAGAAUGACAACUAUGUUAACAUGCCCCAGGAGCCUGAAGCUCCUAAAUUUCCUGCUUUUCCAACAAUUAUUUCUGUUGAGAAUGAUGCCACACAAGCCAAGACGGCGUGUAGUGUGGGACACGUUAUAAAGCGUCGUGUGGAAGAGCUUUGUCGGGCGUCUCAAUUGUGUGCGCUGUGUGUUGCGCGAUGGGGAUCACUGCUCACCGUCCGCCUGCGAGACACCGCCUCGCGAGCCACCGCCCUCGCCUCCAAUGCUCAGCGCUUACACGACGCGGCGCGCGCCCUCGACCUCGCCGCCGCCGCGCUGCGUCACGCUGCACCUCUCACGAGUAACGAGGCGGAGCAGUGGGCUGGCAGCGCGUCUCUCCUUGCGGCGGAAGCAGAAUCUUUGCGUGCUGGUGCGGCGGGACUGCGGACACGUCACGCGGGCGGCGCCUUGCGUGCCGAGUGGGACGAGGCGCUGACGCACGCGGCUUGCCCGGCACGCCUGCGACUAGCGGAGCGUGCGGCGUCUUUAGUAUUAAGACUGAGGGACUCGUGGCAGCAUUUAGUUCGCGACAGGGCCACGCGAUCCCUGACGUACAACGACGAGCAGUUUCACGUGUUGGAGCGGAUCACGGUGGCUGAGACGGGGCGUCGGGCGCGCGCUCUGCUCCAACGAGCCGCGCCAUUGGCCCGCGCACGAGCGAUGGCCAUCGCCGACUGGUAUAAGGUGGCGCAGACCGUGUAUUUGCAGACGCAGAUCCUCGACAAGGACGUGGCAAGCGCCGACCUUAAAUUGCUGGCGCUGACAGCCCGUCUGCAGGAUGCCGAGAUCAAGAUGCGCGCCCGCAUACAGCAGUUGAACUCGACAAAAGCGGAUCCAACAAGUCGGCCAUCAGGAGUCGUGGAGGGUUCGCGGGCGACGACUGUAGCUGGCGUGGUCGGAGCAUCAGGGGCGGGCAUUCGCGCGUUGUCAGCAUGCGGCGAUGACGUGGCCGCGGGGCUAGCGACCAACUCGAUGCUGUUGGCGGACCUGCUGCGGCUGACGCGCGAGUUGCGCAGCUAGCGGCCACCGUCCGACCUCCACUCGUACUCGAGCUCGGAGGAGGCGCUCAGCUCGCUGGAUUCGCCCGCGCACACCGCCAUCUACCGUCCUUCGCCCCCCGUUCCCCCCGCAAGGACGUCGUGUGUUCUAUCUUAGGGUUAAUCAGUGUACAGUUACAUAUCAGCCGGUACAACCCAUCAUACUUAGUAAAUCUGGCAUUCAUGGCAUACAAAAAAAAAAUCUCAGUAUUCGCCAGGACUUUUUCCUUUACUUGUAAAUGGGAUUAUAUUAAAUUCGGUGAUGCAUCGCGCGCGUAAUUUUAAAGUAAAUUAAUAUUCAACUCUUAUAGACUCGCAAGCAAUAAAUAUUAGAGAAACCUCAAAACUAGAAGUUGAAACAUUCCAAAUUGUCAUAAAUAUGUAGGUAGGAUAAUUAAUAUGUGUAUUUACAUGUUUUUACUACAGAAGUACAUAUUACAUAGUAUUUGAAAUUUAAUUUUUAAAAAACUUCCUAUAUUAAACUUUUUAAUAAUUAAAAACCAUAACUGUGAUGAUACUAUUGGGGUUGUUGUAAUCUCUUACAAUUAUUUUUGUUCUUCAGCGAAAUAUGAGCUAGAACAUAUACACAUCUCAUUAUUAUGAUAUAAAUUAUAUUUAAAUAAAACAAAAUGUGGAAUGUAA